CGCCGCAUGGACACCUGUUCUCGAGCGCACCUGUGACUUACAUUAGUUUCAAGGACAACUAGUUCAAGGAGAACCACGACGCUUUUUACUUCAAGAAAUCUUCCAAGUCACAAAAGUACAGGAAUGGACAAUAUCAGCAGACUGAUGUUCGUAUUCAUGAUGGCAAUGGCGUACAUGGCGAUGGGAGCCGAGGCACAGAACUCCACAAUCGCUCCAAACACCACAAUUGCAGCUAAUGCUACUAUGGCACCCAACGUAACAAUGGCACCUGUUGUCAACACUACCGUCACAGAUCUCACGGUAAACAUCUCAAGGGCGGAAUGUGGAAAGACUCAGUUCUGUGCUGCUGUGCCAGACAACUGUGAUCCGUCCGUGGCUGGUUCCUGUUUCUUCGUCUCCACCCAGCAGUCCUCGGGACAGACCUUCUCCUUCCAGCUACGAGGAGUGUCCAGCGGCUACAUCGCUGUAGGCUUGUCCACAGACUCCACACAGGGUGGUAACGACACCACCUAUGUGUGCGCAAACAACAACGGCAGCGUGAAGUUCUUCACCGCUCUCCUCGACAAAGGAGUUCUGACCGUCACCAACACGCUACCUGUGAACUCUAUGAAAGGCUCAGUCAACGAUCAGAUCAUCCAGUGCACCUUCUCUGCUACUGUCCCCAACGCUACGGCCACCCGGAGCUCCGACACCAGCUUCUUCCUCUCCAUCUCCAAUGGGACUUUUAAUAACGGAACACUGGGUAGUCCCACUGCUGUCCUGGUCGGUGAUAAAGCGGUGGACCUGGGCAACUCCACCGCUACUGUGACCAACUCUUUGAACACCAACACCACCACUGGUAAUGCCACCACUACUGCUAGACCCUCCACUACUGCUGCUCCCUCCAGCCACGCCUUUGUCCUGCAGCACACCCUGUCUCAAGCUCUUCUGAUCCUGCUAGGUGUACUAGGUAUGAUGAUGCUGUAAUGCAGGUCUGAAGGGGAAGCACCAUGCACUCAGGAAUCCUGCCUCCUUACCUUUACUCACCUUGGUCAGGCUGCGUCCCCAAAUUACACCCUGUUCCCUACAUAGUACUGUACUUUCACUAUGUAGGGAAUAGGGUGCCAUUUUGGACUCACUUUGGUACCAGAACAAAGGACCAUGUCAGAUCUGAAGUUAUAUGCUUAUAAGUGCAACAAUGUUUUUCCACAUAGUUAAUGAAACACCUUCUAGUUGGGGGUAGUAA